AUGGAAAUUUACAAAUCUGUGGAGAAACAAAGUAAAUUGAAAACGUUUUCUAAUCAAUCUAUCAUGAUGACUUUUAUGGAUAAGAACCAUGGGGAUGAUGACGAUGAUGACGAUGACAGUAGCGAUGAUUUCCUUAGUGGGAGUGAAGAAGAAGAAGAAGAUUACAGUGAUUUGCCUGAGGAUGCCGUAGAGUCGAUCCAUUUCCUUAAAGAUUCGAUACUACAGCUUUCAGAGCAAACUGCGAAAUUAGAUCAUGAAUAUGAGAAAUUGGCAGCAAAGAAAAUUAGAAAGAAUAAUUUGGCAACCAUUGAAGCCAAGAAGGAAAAGAUUCAACUGACGAUAGCGAACAACAAGUUCCAUCAAAAGAAAAUCAAGAAGUUACUCAAGCAAUUGAAAAAUGGUAUGGUUACUGAAUUUAACUUGAUAUGGAUGUUGAAAACAGAUUUGGAAAAGUAUAUGAGUUCAAAUGGAGACUAUGCUUUCACCAAGGAAACUGAACUUUAUGAUGAUAUCUUCACUCAAAUUGCAGCCGUUGAUGAAGAUUAUUCUGAGAUUCAUGAUGAUAGUCAACUAAUGGAAGAAGCACCAGAACAGCUACCACCACAGCAACAAAAACCAUCAACUAAUGGAAGUGCCCUAACUUCCUCUUCUUCUCAAACAACGCCGUCGCCCAGAAUCGCUAAAGCGAAUGGACACGUUAAAGAAUCGUCAGGGGAACCAACUUCCAGAUCCCAUCAACUUUCGUCGGUUAGUACAGAUACAUCGCACCAUUCAUCAGUACAGCAAAACAGCCAUAACCAACAACAUGAACUGGAUAUACACCAUAGUUCUGCUCAAUUACUUCCAAAGAAGAGCCCCGAAAUUACUUCACCAGGUUUUGUGAGGACUUUGAAGCCAGCUUCUACGCCGUCGAAACCUGUGGGUAGUCUCAAAUGGUCUGCGGCUGCUGCGGCUGCCAUUCCUGAAGUUCAUGAAAGGGCUAAAUCAGUAGAACCAGAAUCAAAUGGUUUGCAUCAAGUCAAAUCUAAUUCAGUGGAAGCACAACUUGUUAAAGAUGAGUCUAAGCAACAAAACCAAAAAUCUCCAUUUGUUACACCAGCCCCAUUGCAAGUUGGAAACAUCAAUACUGAACAAUUUAAGGAUGUGAUUAAGAACUCCAGCUUAUCCAAGACUGAAUCAGGGUUAUUCCUGGAUAUGAAUUUAGUUAGAGUUCCUCCUGGUAUCCAAGAUCUUGUUAUUUCAUUUGCGUCUAAAAGAUAUAAUGAUGAAUUUAAAGUGUUGGUUGAUUCUAAUGAUUUUAAUCAAUUCAACUUACCAUUAAAUAAACCAUAUUUGCCAGAAAUUGUCCAACCAAAUUAUUAUUCUCAAUUCACCAAUUUCAGCUUUAAACAUCCUGGUCAAUUAACCAAAUUUCAAAGUUAUUGGAAUCAAGUUAGAGCAAGUUUUGGAUUUGAAAAAUUGGUUAAUGAAAUAAAGACAUUAACUGCUCAAAAUUUGCCUGAAAAUGUUCCAACUAUUACUGAAUUGACUUUUGUACUUUUCUAUGGAUUCUAUUAUGGUGUUACACCAGCAGAAAAUUUGAUUGCUGAAUCAUACUUGUUUGAACUUGGUUGGAAACCAUAUAAAACUCAGUUAGAAGGAAAUCAUAAUAACAAUUUGAUCAACUCUCCAUUAUCAGCCACUCCUAAUGGUGUUGAGAGUAAAAACAAAUCCAGUUAUUAUUACUAUUGGUUUAAACGUGUAAAAUUGAUUUCUAGAGGUGAAGAAGUUGGACAAACAUCAAAUAUUGAAUUUGGAGAUUAUCAAGUAUUUGAUUUGACUUUUUGGGAAAUUUUUGUUAAAUAUGGGUUUAAGUUUGAUUACAGUUUGUGUCAAUUAGAACCAUCAAAAUCAUUAUUCUAA